UGGUCACUGGAGUUUAAAGAGCCACCACUUCCUUGGGCCCUUGGAGGGCAGUGGGAGGUCACAGCUGCCGAGGGACAUUUGGGAUCAGUGUGACUCUCUGCUCCUCCUGCUUGAGCCAUGCACCUGUGCCAGGGAGACGCACUGAUGACUAGGACACAGGACCCCAAGAAGUGUCAGAAGCAGCUGAAAAAGAAACAGAAGAACCGGGUGGCCGCCCAGCGCAGCCGGCAGAAGCACACGGAUAGGGCGGAUGCCCUGCACCAGCAGCACGAGUCCUUGGAGAAACACAACCAGGCCCUUCGGAAGGAGAUCCAGGGCCUGCAGGCCAAGCUGGCUUGGUGGAGUCAGACUCUGCAUCUGCAUGAGCGCCUGUGCCCCAGGGACUGUACCCUCGGCCAGGCUCCCGAGCCCCCUGACUGCUGGGGCCAGGCCAGUUGGCUCCCGGGACAGCUUGCUCCCCAGGGACAGCAUGGCUGCCAGGAGCAGCCAGGCAUCUUCCAGACUCCUGUCUCCUGUCUGCCAGCUCGGCAGCUGCACCCAGAUCCACAGCCUCAGGAUCCCUGUGGCCUCCUCCCGGGCCCUCUGUCCUUGCUGUCCCUCAGCCCUGCUGUGGUGACCCUACCUCCUGCUCAGAUGUCCCCCAGCCAUGUGCUGUCUGCCUCGCCCACUGGCCCCAGCCUGCUGGGCUCUCCCUCCAAGUUCAGUGUCCUCUUGUCCCCACCCCACCCUGCCCUUCCACAGCCCCUUGGGCAGGUGGCCCCCAGCAGGGGGAAGCUGGGGUCCUCUCUAGGGCCUGAAUAUCUGCAGAGCAGGGAGAACAAGCCUGGUCCCUCAGCAGCAGAUUGGCCAGGAUCAGCCUCCAAUCCCAGCCACCAGCCUUUCCUGGCCUUCCCACUGCUGUCCUCGACUCAGGUCCACUUCUGACCUGGGCCAGGAGCGUGGCUGCCCCACCUCAGGCUCAGGAAGCAGUCACCACACACCGGCCUCUCCUGCCCCACUGCUGGAGUGGCCCUUCCCAAAGACCAGCUGGCCCAGGGUUUCACUGGAGAAAGGAAGCUGUUGUUGAGUGCCUGCCACCAUGGCAGCCACUGUCACUGCUACUAUCUUAUUUCGACCUCAUGGUCACCCUGCAAAAUUGCGAUUAUGACUGCUUUUUCAGAGAAGCCAUGUGGUAUGCCCACAGUCACACAGCCUUUCUUUUCGUUAUUAUUAUUUUUCACAUAGCCUUCGUGGGGCCUGAAACAUGACCCCCUUGCUCCUCUGUCCUCUGGUGGGAGCCUGGCCAGGGUGUCUGAGGGGCUGAAGUCCUGGAACCGAAGUGUGGUGUGAGGAGUAUUGCCAGGUGCAGGGAGGCUCUGCUCUGCUUUGGGAUCCCUGCCCUUGCUGGGGACAAUCGAAAAUCCAAACCUGGGUGGGGAGAGGCCAAGCCAAAGCCCAGAAGUGUCUCCUACUUCUUCCAGAAGUUUCCAGGGCCAAGACCCAGCCUGCGCAGCAGGCAACUGUCACAGGCCCCUCUGGCUGGGGACCAAGGCCUGGGGAUGACUGGACAGGGUCCUCCCCGACAACCUUGCAGUGGACGCUGAAAGCAAAGGCAAGAGGCAGGAAUGAGGGACGGGCCAGGUGCAAGUGGGGGACUUGAAUCUGCAGCAGAGGUUGGCUGAGCCUUCUCCGGUAGCACCCUGGCCUAGUUUGGCCCCCAACGUCCUCAGGCCCCCAAGAGAGGCUCCAGGGGUCUGGGACCAGGGCUGAUGGCAGCUAGAGAAGCAGGGCCUAUGUCUGUGCUAAGAGGGCCCCAUUGACAGACACUCUGAGAAGCUGCGCUGGGGUGGCUAGGGUUGAACCCAGAUCCACAUCCACACAACCGAAACACUGUCCAUG